UUUUAGUAUAGGUAUUAAACAUGUGGGCAUUGUUAUGGUAAAAUAGUGUGAACUGGUAAUGAAUGGAUCCGGACUCUGACCAAAUCGAGGACUUUCGUCCGCCAAGAGUACCUCGGAAUCACGGAAAAAAUACAGUCAGAUCUUCUUUUGAUGAGGAUUGUUAUAAACAGCUCAAUUUGUUUACACAGCAAAGGAAAGACAAUGACUCAAGACGUGGAACAACAGGUGGUACAAGAAGUGGUAUAAGAGGUGCUACGAGUGCAGUUUCCAGGGAGACAAAUGUGCCCUCGUCUAGUAGACUGUCGAGUGGUAAGCAGAAGCAUUCGCCUGGACCUAGUAGCACAUCAUACGCACAGUCAAAAAUGAAGGUGGAGAAGCUCUCAUCUUCACUUUCAGGGCUUCGUUUAAGAGACAGAAUUCCCAUGGAGUGUUCUCCAUCACGAUCUUCAACAGAGAUUGACACAUCAGAACAUAGUCUGAACUCAUAUUCUGGAGAUAACACAGCGGAUAUUAUAUUUAGCUGCGAUCCGCCUCCAUAUCUUCGAAGCAAAGUGAAACAAGGCUGGACACACGGAACUUUAAAUGGGGCACGUCUUGAGAUCUCUCUCUAUGUGAAGCCCAUCUUCCCCCUUCCCAAAAUAUAUAACGCCAGAAAAGAUGUGUAUAUUAAAAACGUUAUUGUCCCAGGGUUCAACCACUUGUUAGAGCCCCUGGAGGGUGACAAGAUAGAAUUUAAACUGCAUCCUCCCAAGUUCCAAAAACCCAUCGAGAACAAGCCAUCCGCCAAAAGUGCCUGUAUUCUCUCUUACUGUGCUCCAAGAUCGUUUAUCGAAUUACAAUCAUACUUUAGUGACACCUUAGAGAAAAUAGAGAAUUCCUCAACCAAGACAGAAUUUAUCACCUCCCUGAUGUCAUCUGAGGCUAUUUGGUUUUACUUCUUCAAUGUAACGUGUGAUGACGAUCAUUACUUUGAGAGGUAUAUUCGAAGUUUGCUGAACUUCAUUUUCUCUUUAUCUGACCACAUGGAAAGUUUUCCAUCACGGCGAAAGGAGAUUUUUGGCCUUAUGCUAGAGAAAAACUUUAUUGGUUCUGUAAGGGAUAAGACCGUUCGGCAAUCAUAUGAGUACAUGUUUAUUGAGUUGGCUGUGACCAUGGAACCAUUGUUUCUAAAAGAUGUCAUACCCUGGAUUAGCAGAAUUAUGGAGGGUCCUCAAACUCCCUUUACGGGUAUUUUAUACAAGAUCCUAAUGAAACUUGCCGAUAUUGUUGACCUCAGUAAUUGGAAAGAGCUUACCCAGAUUCCAUCCAUCAAAGAGAUUUUAGGUGAUCCACUUGAACGAGUAAGUUAUCUGAGGCCCAUCCUACUUAAAUCAGGAUACAUAGAUGGAGAUGAUUACCUCAACGUGUAUUAUAGGCUCUUGAGGGCAGAAUGCUUUUCUGCUGUUCAGAAAGGGAUCGUUGAUUUCAGAAGAGGAAAAUUGGAUCCUCGUGAUAUGGAUAUCUAUGACAAAGUAUCUGUUGUAGACAUUGACAUUGAUCAUACGACUAUUUUGUUGUCACUCAAAUUCACUUCUAAAAGACCUGUGAAUGAUUGGAGCAAGUCUAAAAAGUUGAUGUUUGGAAAUCUCCUCUGUCUGUCAAUCAAAGGUGAUUUCUCUGAUCCUAUCUGGCUGACGGUAUCUGAAAGGGAUGGAGGGAUCCUCCAAAAGUUUAAUGUCAUCGGAACAGAACUAAUUUCAUUUCACUGCUCGGAUAUAAAUAGCGCUGAGAUAAUUCGAAAAAUGCUCUUACAUUCCGGUACAAUGGUGAUGGCAGAGAGCCCUACGUACUUCAAAUCAUUCCAGCAUGUGCUUUCUAGUCUGAAGGUUUGUCAGAUGGAAGACUUUAACCUUUACAAUGAAAUAGUACACGGAGAUUACACUGGUCAAAAGCUAACGGAAGUGUUCACGAAUUCAUUAUGUGAUUCAAGUGACUUAGCUGGAAUUCUCAAAAUAAUCAAUUAUCAUGAAAUGGAAGAGCAUCAGCGGAAUGCAUUUUGGCAUGCUACGAAAAGUCGAUUGGGGAUUAUACAAGGCCCUCCAGGAACAGGAAAGACAUAUGUCGGAGUCAAGCUCGUGCAUUUAUUUCUUGAAUUGCAGAAAAAUCGUAUACCCCAUAAAGUUGUUCAUCAGAAUCGAUCUAAAACGGAGUCAGGCGACACUAAUCCCAUUGAAUCUGACUCAAAACGUUCACUAACUGAUAGUGACGACGAAUCUGAGUUAAGCGAGAAUGAUUCUACGUCAAAACGUUUACUAACUGAUAGUGACGACGAAUCUGACUUAAGCGAGAAUGAUUCUACAUCAAAGAGUCCACCAAAUAAUUCUAAGUUACAAGAAUUACAUAAUCCGCCUAUCCUUGUGUUAACUUACAAAAACCAUGCACUUGAUGAAUUUUUGAAGCACUGUAUUACAUUUUGCGAUGAUAAAAAUGACAUUACUAGACUGGGAAGUCAAUCUAAAGAGGAAUCGUUGAAAGAUUGCCAGCUUCACGUGCAAAUGAAAAAUGUUGACAGAUUUUCUAAAAUAUCUACAAGAGGAAUCAUAGAAGAGACUGAGUCGUUGUUCGGAAAGCUUUCUAUUUUAUUGAGAAAACUUCAACAACAAAAAGUGUUCAACUUCACGACAUUUAUAACUUGCUUGUCAGCUAGCCAACUGUCGAUGUUUGCUAGCAAUGCUCUCAAAGUACCUUGGAGAUGGAGGCCACAAUGGCGUAAUAUACCAAAUAAUAACACAUUGUUACGAAAUUUCGCCGGAUGGGAAAGAAAUGAUAAUGAAGAUCUAAAGAUUCGGUUGCUCUCUCACGUCAGUGCUCUGCAAACUAGAACACCAGAUCAUAAACAGAAACCGUUCAAUAUGAUGCAAAGAGUCAUAAGUUGCAAGUUGCUCGAUGCUUUCAGUUUUAUCUGGUUACCAGAUAAAGAAAAUGUUAAAAAACUCACUAGACUUCAAAAAAUGGGUGCUGCUUUCUUUAAUGUAACAUCUAAAACUGACGAAUAUGGACAAGAUUGUUCUGCUGACGUUGCAGAUAUUGACAUCAUUGAUGAUCUUGACGAAGAUUACGUGAAUGAACAGCUAAGUCUUAGACGCUCAGCUUUUGACGAGGAUGGCUACAAGCAAAAUCGAUCUCAAGAAAACAAAUCUCAAAGACUUAACCGGCUUUCUAGAAAAAUGAAAGAAAGAAUGAGUUUUGUUGACAAAAAAGACUACACCUCGUCUGAUUUUCCUGAAAGUUGCCAAAAAGAUGAAGGCCUAUUGGCCAAAGCUGAUGUCUGGAAUUUAUCUGAGAUAGAAAAGUAUGCCUUCAUCUAUAGUACACUGCAUCUUAGCUUCGAUGACAUCUCAGAGGAAAUGAAUUUUAUCCUCGAACAGAUUGAUAUUCAGCAGAGAAAAAAACAAUCGACUGACGAGCAGAAUAAACUCAUGUUUUUGAAAAAUCAAAAAAUUGUUGGAGCAACGAUAGUUGGAGCCUCUGUCCAUCUCUCCUUAAUACAGAAACUUGCUCCUAAGAUUGUGAUAGUGGAAGAAGCCGCCGAAGUGCUUGAACCUUGUUUAGUUGCUGUUCUUACGAAAAGUGUUGAAAAACUUAUAUUGAUCGGAGACCACAAACAGUUAAAACCUCAAGUCGAUACAUACCAUCUACGCAAAGAAUACAAUUUCCAUAUUUCAAUGAUGGAACGUCUAGUUGGUUUAGGAUUUCCUUAUAAAAAGCUGGUAAGGCAAGGAAGAAUGCGACCAGAAUUUUCUUGUAUGCUGAAAGACAUUUAUCCUGACUACGAUGACUUCGAAGGACUGUCAGAUAAAAACGAAGUUAUCGAAUGUUUAUCGUGCAGCAUGUUUUUUUGGUCUCACGAUUAUCCUGAAGUAAAAGACAGGUCUGCUCGAAAUCCAGGGGAAGCAAAUAUGGUGCUUGCUUUGGCUUUAUUCUUUAUUGCAAGUGGUAUCCCUGAAGAUGGUAUAACUAUACUCUGUGCAUAUCUAGGACAAGUUCAGCUGGUCAGGAAAAUGUAUCGUGAUUUGAAUCCGAUAUCGACUCCAAGUGGAACCUCAGACAAAAAGCAAAUUAAUAUCAGGACUAUUGAUGAGUACCAAGGUGACGAAAAUAGGUUUGUGAUAAUUUCCCUUACCAGAUCGAAUAACGAGCAGAACAUCGGAUUUCUUAAAGAAGUGGAAAGAAGAUGCGUGGCUCAGUCAAGAGCCAGAUGCGGUAUGUACUUCAUUGGCAAUGUGGGUAUGUUCAAACGGAACAAAACCUGGGAAUUCAUCACAAACAAGAUGGAAGCUUUGAAAUUGAUAGAUAGCAAACUACCGAUUUGCUGUUUCAGACAUCCAAGCUAUACGCGAAACGUCGUUCAAAGUCAAGAUAUUAUGGUACAGAGAAACAUUACUGACAACAACCAACUGAUGUAUUAUGUCCAGACAAAAGAUAAUUGGUGCAAAGCAGUUUGUGAUGUAUUGUUCGAAUGUUUAAUAGAAGACCAUCGCUGUAAGAAGCUGUGUACACCUAGACAUGAUGACAGCAAAUGUUUGACAGAAGUGAGCUUCACGUUUACUACAUGUAAGCACGAAACGAUGAAAAAGUGCCAUAUCAAAGAUGAAGAUAUGAAAUGCUCGGUUAAACUUACUAAAAAACUUGACUGUGGUCACAAUAAAAGCGCAUCUUGUCAUCAGUGGUUGUAUGAAAAAGAUGAUAUCAAAUGCUACGAGACGUGUUCAGAAUCCUACCAAUGCAUUUCUAAACAUGCGUGUAAUGAGAUUUGUCAUAGGGAUCACAGCCACUUCUCAGAUAAAUGCACAGCACCAGUGGAGUUCAAGUAUCCUGUAUGCAAUCAUGUUGUCCUUAACUACCAAACAGAAUGUAAUGACCCGAAGCCUCCUAAAGAUGACCCAAAAUGUAAAUUUCGUCUCAAAUAUGAAAGCGAAAACUGUGGUCAUAAACAGAGUCGCCUCUGUUCAGAAUUUGAAAAAUGCACUAGACAGUGUGACAGAAAUCGUCCUGACUGUGGCCAUCGCUGUGCGAAAAAAUGUUUCGAACCAUGCAUUGGAGGAAAUAAAAAUUGUAAAUUGUGUGAGCUAGAACACAAGAAAAUCUUAGUUGCCGCUAAGGCAGCUGCUAAGAUGCAAUUACAGAUAUGCAUAGAGGAAGCUUCAGACCCAGAUCUCUUUUCUUUGACAAAUAUUACUGAUAACACAGAUGAGUUUUCAAGUGUAACAGAAAAAUGUCAAGUGUUUUUCAGUUUGUAUUCAAAAUCGAGGGUAAAAAAUAUUGUGAGAGUUUGGAAAGUGAAAUGUCCCUCCAACAAUGUCAACUUCUGGGAAUUUGCCAGUUAUGCAUUUGGUCCCCUUAAAGAGGAACUGUACAAUCUUAAGCAAGGAUACUUGGACUGCUCAUCUAUGUUGAAUAGUGGAGACCUCUUUAAACAAUUUCAACAUCCUAAUCCAGGAUAUGAUCCAGGAUAUGAGUUUACAAAGUAUGCAUCCAGAAGUUUCACGUCUGAUCGUAAAGAAAAUAACAACCAAUUUACGGUAUUUAUCUCAGAUAUCAUGCUUGGAGAUCGGUUAAACAAAGCAGAUAUAAUUAAAAACGGAGCUAAAAAGAAUGGGUCCACUGCUGCACAACUGAAAGACCGCAAGAAGAACUCUGUUAUUGAGACUAAGCCACAUGGACCAGCAUCGUAUUAUGUUUACAAUAGUGACCAAAUUUUACCAACAUACAUUGUGCACUUGAGCUGUAAGAAGAAGAUUGCCGGCAAAGGCCCAUUAAAGGAUUUAGCAGAUGGGGAACACAAAUACGAUUUAUCAUCCUUCAAUCUUAGGGAUCACAGUAAUCCUAUGUGUGAUGAAAUCCAAAGAGCCACUUCCCUUUACAAGGGAGACCGUUCAAAACGACCACCAUACACGCAGGCCAAUAUGCCACCCAUCAAAUCUAUUGGGGUUGUUGUUAAUCGUAAAUGCGAAAGAGAGUAUGAGCAGAAGAAGGAAGAAUUUAAAGACUCUAAACAAACGAUUGUCGAAGUUUUUGCCUAUCAUGCCACAAAGCCUGAAAAUGUUGCUAGUAUCAUCAAAAACAACCUUGAUCCUGGUAGAACACCCGUUCAUGGAGCUGCAUAUGGUAAAGGUUGCUACUUUUCCGAACAUCCCGAGUUUAGCUAUGAGUAUGGAAAAGAAACCAUGUUUAUUUUCAAACUCCUCCUUAUUGAAAAUCAGUACAAGACGGUUGAACCCAACGAAAAGGGCUUCUGUCGGGAACUUGUACUGAACGAUACAUCACUGUUUAAACCUCAGUAUGUUUUGUACUUUUAGCAACAUCGUGAUUAAAGCCUCCUACUCUCCUGUAGGACAAUGCUACGAUAGACAGUGAAUGUAAAACUCUGAUAAAAUAUUGUUGUUUAAAAUAAGCACAGUAUGCAAUAAUAUUUCCAUGUUAUUAUUUAGCGUUUUUAUAAAUCAAUAAAUAUUGUAUGCGAAUUUAAAAGAUUUUCAUAAGUUUUAAUGAUUUACCUUAUUGAUUACGUCAUCAUAUUAAGAUAUUAUUAUGAUGUGUUUUAUGUUUCUUUUAGAAACGUGAAAAUUUUCACUGUGUGAUUGAUUUUUUGAGUACUCUGAUUGGUUUAAUCGAAUCUCUAAAGAGAUGCUCGAUAUAAAAUAUUUGAGUAACUGACACUACACUUUGAAUUUAAACAUUAUAUAUUGUGAUUUCUGUAGACUGUUUUAUUUUUUAUCAUCAAAAAAUGUUUGAAAUACAUAAUUAUUUUACUCUGUUUUCAUGUUCAUUGUUACAAUUUGAUUAGUUCGUUCUGAUAAUGUUUCACUGCUUACCGAGUUACUUGAAAUUUAAAUAUCAAUAUUACUGUGCUUUAUGUUUUUAAAAAUACCAUAUUAUUAUUUAAAAAGGUUUCGACUAAAAAAUAUUACAACAGAAUCAAUUAACGGUAAUUAAUUAAUUUACCAAUGAACGAUAAUUAAUUAAUUGACCAAUUAACGGUAAUAAAUUAACCAAUUAUCAGUGAUUAAUUAAUUAAUUAGCGGUAAUUCUCCUCAGGAUGC